UCGUCUAUCGUUUGCUACACUCGAAAAUGGGGCCAACCAAUGAUAGACGAUCUUACAGGUAUGCUAAUUACUAGUCGCACGCUCCACUAUGAUCGUGGCUCAGCGCAAGGCCGCCCAAAAGUUCGCUAAAUUCACCGCACAAAAUUCGCCGUGUGUUCCCCAUGGCCAGUGCUGGUAAAUUCUUAUGGUUAUGUUAGAGGCAAGAACCAAGCUUGCCAGAUGUGACAUGCCGAAGGAAGUGUGUCUUGUACAAGUGUGUUGUACUUCCACUUGAGAUCGGGUGAAGGAAAAGAGCAUGUCUGAGCCUUCUAUGCUGGGAAGCUUGUUUGAGGACGAUAUCAACCUGAUGGGCGACUUGGCAGGGAUUGGUGGGGAGUUUCCCCCGCAGGCAGGACAGCCCAUGCAGCCCAUGGUCCCCCCUCCCCCUCAUGCCGCCGCAGGGGGAAUGGGGAUGCCACCACAUAUGGGCCAGGGGGAUCAGAUGAUGGUUCAGCAGCAGGCCCAUCCCGGUUUUGCACAGCUUCAAGCUGCACAGCCCUCCCCACAGCAGAAACUGCAGCAUUACGGAGACUUCGGCCAGUACCCUCAGCAGCAGCAGCAGCAACAGAAGCUUCACCACAUGAACCCACAAGGCAUGAUGGGCAGUCCGCAACACUCCCAACAAGUAUUGAGCCCACGUCAUCACGCCAUGACUUCGGCACAACCUCGGAUGCCUUCGCCCCACCAGUAUCCGCAGAACAUGGCCGCCCAGCAGGUUCAGAGAACAGAUCCUCGUUUCCAGUCGUAUGCUAUGCAAAGAGGCCUGCAUCCCGGGAUGCAGCCUGGAAUGAAUGGUGGGACCGCAGUUUCUCACCAGAACAUGUGGCCAGGACAGCAGCAGGGUCAGCCCCGUCCACCUGCACAGCCGUACAAUGGCAUGCCAGGACAGCACCCAGGUGUGCAGCACCCUGGGAUGACUCCAUACCUGUCCCACCAUGACUAUGCACUGCAGCCUCAACAACAGAGGCUGCACCACUACCCCCAGUCCGCAGGGCCGCAGCAGAUCCGGUCCGGCAUGCCCGGCCAGGGCGACCCUUACAUGGCAGGGACAAGUAGACUCACACACAUGCCAGGGGGCCAGCACAUGCCUGGCACCACGGCUGGUCCCACCACACCUAACAGACAGCGUCACCCAAGUGCAACUCCACACUACCCAUCUACCUCACAACAAAUGAGCCCAAUGCGUCAACAAAUGUCACAGCCUACAUCACAACCUGUGCCUCCCAGCUUCCCUCAGAGCCAGCAUCCCCAGAUGAGGGAUCUGAAUGCCUUUUCUCCUAACCACCCCAGCCAGGUGGCCGCGGAUCAGAGGCAGCGCAAUAACUCAGGGCAAAUGAAUAUAAAUGUGAAUACAAGUAUGAACAAAUUGCAGCAUUAUCCGUAUCCAAGCCAGGACCCCUCACACCCUGGGAUGGCUCCAAACAUGAUGCCACCACAGGGUGAGCAGGGAGCUCCUCGCCUUUCACACUUUACGGAAAACAGUCAGGGUCGUCAGGAACAAUUCCUGCCACAGUAUCCAGGAAUGGGGCAGCACCGUGCCCCGACUCCAACGUCGAUGACUGCAACUGGUCCACAUCCAUAUCCGCCCCAGUCUAUGCCGGCGGCAUCCCAAGAUCCUGCUCACAAGCAGCAAAACGUUCCCACAAGUGCACCUUACCCGUACCAGUCGGGGCCCCCUACAUCUCAGGGUUUUAGCCAGGGGGCUAUUCCGAGGUCCAGCCAGGCACCACCAUCUAGUCUCCAACAACUAGAACAGCUCAUGCCUCCCCAGUCCCAGUCUGCUCAGGGUACCCACCCGCCUCACUCCCAGUCAGGGAACUUCCCGCCCAUGGAGCAGAGCGUACCAGCCAGCGGUGCCGGACACAACCCGCCGCAGCCGUUCAACGUCGGCCCCGAGUUUCCUCAGCAGGGUCACACAAACAGCCCCCAGCCCAACCAGAACAUGAGCCCGGCGCACUACGAACUGCAGCAGCUCAGUCAGCAGUUACAGUUCGAGUACAACCUGCCGCCCCAUCAGCGCAACCCUGAGAAGAUAGGGCACCUACAGGAGAGGGUAAGGGUGCUGCAGAACCAGAUAAACAUGGGACAACAACAACAACAGCAGCAGCAGCAGCAGCAACAACAACAACAGCAGGCUAAUCAGUUCUCCCAGCCCACCCCUCCACCAUCCCACCAGGACAAGGACAUGGAUGAUGAUGAGCGCCAGCGCCUCAGCAAGGCCCAGCAGGCGCAGGAGAAAGCCGCUCGCAUUUGUGCUGAAGCGAUGCAUAAGGCCAAGCAGUCAGGUGUUUCCGAGGUCCCCCGGGUGGUGACACCGCCGGGCCUUCCACCUGGGAUGUCCUCCCAGCUGGAGAACAAGCCCUCCAAACCCUCCACACCUAAUCCCAAGGAUAAGGACAAGAAGAAGAAGCCACCUGCAAAGUCUUCAUCCAAGUCCAAGAGCAGCAAAAGCAAGGCCAAAGCUGUGAAAAUGCCUCCAGCCACAUUAUUCAAGGGCAAGAAGCGAAAAAGAAAGGAUGACUCGGACGGAUCGGAUCUUGAUGCGACGCCUCCGCCGUCCCCCAGUGCCGAGGAUAGCCUGGUGGAGAAGCGGCGCUCCACGCGGAACGUGAAGCGGAAGACCUACAUCGAUGAUUUCCAUCUGUCCGGUGACGAGGAGGAGCCUGUGGUGGAUGUUGUGUCAGGAGGAGGAGGGGAUGUCACCUUCCAGCAGCCCAUACCAUUCUAUGUGGUAAGGAACGAAAAUCCUAAUGAGGAUGAUGCUGUCAUUGUGGAGAAGAUCCUGUCCUACAGGCUUCACAAAGAUGAGCACUCCACUGAAGAAGCACAACAACCAGGGACAGAACAGUACUAUGUGAAGUACAAGAAUUUCUCGUAUCUUCAUUGCGAGUGGAAGACAGUGCCUGAACUGGAGAAGGACAAGAGAAUUCACCAGAAAAUCAAGCGUUUCUGGGCCAAGCGCUCCACAGUGAAUGUGUUUGAACAGUUUGAUGAAGACCCAUUCAACCCAGACUAUGUGGAAGUGGACAGAGUGUUGGACAUGGCGACCAAUACAGACCCCAACAAUGGACAGCCUGUGACACACUACCUGGUGAAGUGGCAGCAGCUGCCUUAUGAGGAUAGUACCUGGGAACUGGAGGAGGACAUUGACACCAACAAGCUAGAACAGUACCACUACUUCAAACAGCCUCCAGCACCAGAAGAUCGGGAGGCUAAGCCUCGCCCGGAGCCAGAGUCGUGGCAUCAGCUGGAUCCGAACGUGACCUACAAAAAUGACAACAAGCUUCGAGAGUACCAGAUGGAAGGUGUCAACUGGCUCCUCUUCAACUGGUACAACAGGCGUAACUGUAUACUUGCUGAUGAGAUGGGCCUGGGAAAGACAGUCCAGUCUAUCACCUUCCUGAAGGAAAUCCAGGAACAGGGCAUCCUGGGACCCUUCCUCAUCAUUGCCCCACUCUCCACCAUUGCAAACUGGCAACGGGAGUUCGAGACAUGGACGAACGUCAACGUAGUGGUGUAUCAUGGAAGCUCUGCUAGCAGGCAGAUGAUCCACCGAUAUGAGAUGUUCCACAGGGAUGAGCUGGGCAAUAUUAUUCCAGAAUGCUACAAGUUCCAGUCACUCAUCACAACAUAUGAGGUUAUCAUCUCCGACUGUCUGGAGCUGCGUGACAUCCCGUGGAGGGCUGUCAUCAUUGAUGAGGCUCACCGACUGAAGAACAGGAACUGCAAACUGCUGGAGGGACUCAAGAUUCUAGACUUGGAACACAGAGUGUUGCUAACAGGCACCCCCUUACAGAACAAUGUGGAGGAACUUUUCAGCCUGCUCAACUUCCUGGAACCUGACCAGUUUGACUCGGAGGCAGACUUCUUGUCCGAGUUUGGAGACCUUAAGACAGAAGACCAGGUGUCCAAGUUGCAGGCCCUCCUGAAACCCAUGAUGUUGAGACGACUAAAGGAGGAUGUGGAAAAGAACCUGGCUCCCAAGGAGGAGACAAUAAUCGAGGUGGAGUUGACUAACAUCCAGAAGAAGUACUACCGUGCCAUCCUGGAGAGAAACUUCACCUUCCUGGCCAAGGGCUGCGGCUCCUCCUCCAACGUACCCAACCUCAUGAACACCAUGAUGGAACUUCGCAAAUGCUGCAAUCACCCCUACCUCAUUAAUGGAGCUGAAGAGAAGAUUCUGGGAGAAUACAAGGACCAGCAUGGUGAAAACCAUGGAAAAUACCUCCACUGCAUGGUGCAGGCUUCAGGAAAACUUGUGCUGAUAGACAAGCUGCUACCUAAACUCAGGGCAGGUGGACAUAAGGUCCUGAUUUUCUCCCAGAUGGUUCGUUGUCUGGACAUCCUGGAAGACUACCUGGUACAGAACGUGUACCCUUACGAGCGGAUCGAUGGCCGCGUCAGGGGGAACCUGCGACAGGCCGCCAUCGACAGGUUCAGCAAGCCAGACUCAGACAGGUUUGUGUUCUUGCUGUGUACACGAGCUGGAGGUCUGGGGAUCAACCUGACAGCAGCAGACACAGUCAUCAUCUUCGACUCGGACUGGAACCCACAGAACGAUCUCCAAGCUCAAGCCAGGUGUCAUCGUAUCGGCCAGUCCAAGUCAGUCAAGGUGUACAGGUUGCUGACCAGGGCCACGUACGAGAGGGACAUGUUUGACCGAGCCAGUCUGAAGCUGGGGCUGGACAAGGCUGUGCUCCAGAGCAUGAGGGACAAUGUUUCAGGGGCCAGGGAGACACAGGAGAAACAGCAGCUGUCCAAGAAGGAGAUUGAGGAGCUGCUGAGGAAGGGUGCGUACGGAGCCCUCAUGGAGGACAAUGAUGCAGACAAGUUCUGUGAGGAGGACAUUGAGCAGAUCUUACAGAGGAGAACUCAAGUCAUCACCAUUGAGAGUGAGGGCAAGGGCUCAACUUUCGCAAAGGCCAGUUUUGUGUCACGUGAAAACCGUACAGACAUCAACAUUGACGACCCUGACUUCUGGAAGAAAUGGGCCAAGAAAGCAGACUUGGACAUGGAGGAGUUAAACAGGGAUGACAGGAUCAUUGAGAUGCCUCGUGUGCGGAAGCAGACCAAGCGGUACGCCACCAGCGCAACCGACGACAUGUUGGACUUCAGUGAUUCCGACACCAUCGAGCCUGACGCUGAGUCGGAGGGUGGGGGAAAAGGAAAGAAGGGAAAGAAGGACAAGGGGAAGUCGUCCACCAGAUCAGGACAUGGCUCUGGCUGGAGUCGGGUGGAGUGCUUUAGAGUGGAGAAGAAUCUGCUGGUCUAUGGAUGGGGCAGGUGGUCUGACAUCCUGCGUACUGGGCGCUUCAAGAGAAACCUGUCAGAGCAAGAAGUGGAGUCUAUAGCCAGGACCAUGCUGAUGUACUGUCUGCAGCACUACAAGGGUGAUGAGAAGAUCAAAGCCUUCAUCUGGGACCUGAUCGCUCCUCCUGUGGAUGGUGCUGUCAAGAGCUACAAGAACCACUUAGGUCUGUCAGCUCCUGUGCCUCGUGGACGGAAGGGUAAGAAAAAGAAGGACAACAAGUCCCUGCCGACCGUAGACAUGGAGUGGGCCCAGAAGAUCAACACAGAGGAGCUCCUGCAGGACCCUGGGUACAAGAGGCAUCUCCAACACCACUGUAAUAAAGUGCUGCUGAGAGUACGUAUGCUGUACUACCUGAAACAGGAGGUGAUUGGAGAGUUCUCCGCGGCCAUCUGGGGAGGCACCAACCACACCAGCCUGGACAUCCAGGUGCCCAUCCCCGAGGGGGAGCCUCCCAUUGGCUGGUGGGACGAGGAGGCCGACAAGUCGCUCCUUAUUGGGGUCUUCAAGCAUGGCUAUGAGAAGUACAGCUCCAUCCGGGCGGACCCCACGCUGUGUUUCCUGUCCAGGUGUGGGCCACCGGACGGGAAGGUCAUGGCUGCCGAGCAGGCCCAGGAGGACGAUGAUGUGGGCUUCAAUGAUGAUGACCAGGACCCUGAAUACAAACCAAAGAGGAAGCCCUUCCAAGAUGAUGAGGAGGAUUCUGACCCUGAUAGCCCGAUGUACGGAGAUGAUGAUGAUGAGGACACACCUAGGAAAAGCAGGAGGCGCAGGCAGCCAAUCAUGGACACCAUCGACCCCGCAGUCAAUGAUGGGAAGCUGCCAUUCCCCACCCCAUCGGACAUGAAUACCCGUCUCCGCCGUAUCAUCACUUCUUACCAACGAAGUCACAAGAAACAGCAACUCAAGGCUGCCAUGAGGGAAAAGAAAGAGCAGCUGCGGAAGGAACGCUUUGAGGAGGCCAUCAGACAGAAGGAGCUGAGGAGAAGAGAGAUGGCACAAAGAUGGUCCAGAAGAGAGGAGGCAGACUUCUAUCGUGUGGUGUCCACGUUUGGCGUGGAGUUUGACCGCACCAAGCAGCAGUUUGCCUGGGACCGCUUCCGCAGCAUCGCCCGGCUUGACAAGAAGUAUGACCAGAACAUGACGGAGUACUACCUAGCCUUCCGCUCCAUGUGUGAGCGUGUCUGUGGCCGCAGGAGGAAAAGUGAGGAAGAGCAGCACAUGAACCUGUACGUGGAGCCCAUCACAGAGGAGCGAGCGUCGCGCUGCCUGUUCCGUAUCGACCUGCUGCGGAAGGUUCGUGAGGAGAUCCUGCCCCACCUCCAGCUGGAGGAGAGGCUGAAGCUGUGCCUGCCCUCACACGACCUUCCCGACUGGUGGGAGUGUGGCAAACAUGACAAGGACUUACUCCUAGGAAUGUCUAGACAUGGAGUCAGCCGAACAGAGUACCACAUCCUCGGUGACCCGCAUCUCUCCUUCGCUGAGAUCUACAAGAAGCACUCCCAUGCUCGACUGGCAAGCAUCCCUGUCGCUCAGCAGCUCCCGCCCAACCCUGCUCACCUUCCCGUCCCAGCAGUCAAGGAACCCAAGGAGACCCCCUCCCUCCCUAACGGGCUCGCCGGCCUGGCCUCCCUCUCCCCACCCAUCCUCAAGCCCGAGCUUCCCCCCACCCUGACCAAAAUGGAUGACCUGUCUCCAAAGGCAGAACCACACGGGGAAGUGAAGGAGGAAUCGUUCCCAAUGGAUCUAGACAUGAAGAAGGAAACAGAUGUCAAACCUGUGGUGAAAACGGAGGACACCAAACCUGUCAUCAAAGAAGAAGUGAAACAGGAGACGGAGAGCAAGCCUUCCUUGUCCAUCCUAGAACGGGAGCUGGCAAAGUCGGAGAGCGAAGAGGGUAACCACGAGCAGGAGCAACUCAAGCAGGAGAAAGAUGACAGCAUGUCUCUUCUGGAGCAGGAGUUGGCCAAGCCGGAGAAGGAAGAGUCUCUCCUGGAACGGGAACUCGCCAAGCCGUUGGAGAUGGAUGGCCUGGGCCUGAAGGCGGAGGAGGACUCCCUGAGCUCAGCACCUCUCCUGAAACCAGUGUACCAGGAUGGGGAGGACAGUCAGCACAGCUUCAGUAUGGAUGGCAUGGGGGAACCUACGGUUGCACAGCUGCUGUCACAUAUGCAGCAACUCAGGUGGCCUAAGGACAAGAUUCUGAUCCAGAGAUGUGACCACAUCUGUCAGGCUGUGUUGAACGGAAAGUGGCCCGUCACCAGACGUAUCAUCAUGGAACCGGUCACACCCAUCACCCCUCGCAGCCUGGACAGUGGUGCAGAGAACAGCGGGGCAGCCACGCCGCUGGGGUCUGGAACUGAGGGCAUGGAUACUACACCGGGUGAUGCUAGCAGGUUCAUUGUCAAGAGGAGGAAGAGAAGAAAGAGAGCUGAGAUAGAGGCUGACAAGGAGGCGAAGCGGCGCCUGGCAGACAUGAUGUAUGAGGAGAUGAGAAGGAAGAUGCAGCAGGCCAGUGCCGGCACACUGCCCUCAGACGACCAGCCUCAGGACCUCAGCAUGCCCAGGUCAACCUCCUUCGACUCUGCCGCCUCUCUGGCUGCCUCCAAAAAUGCCUUACUUAAAUCUCAGGAUUCCUUACUCAGAUCACCAGGCUCCCUGCCUGUCAUGGCUCACAAAGUCCUCCCUACGAGCUCUGCCCACGAUGGACUGGCCUUGAGCUUGGCUGGUCUGGUCAAUGGGGUGGAGGUGCCUGUGAAGAAGAGGAGAGGGCGCAAGCCGAAACAUGACAAGGAGGAAAAACCAAAGAAGACCAAGAUUAUCAUUAAUGAAAAUGGAGAAGCUAUAGAGGUGGAGGUGAAGAGGAGAAGGAGAAAACGUAAACACAGGGAGUUGGAGCCGUGGUCUCCCAGCAGACUGGGACCAGAUGUGCCUAUUCCAGUGGUCAACAAGGUGAAGGGAGAGCGUCUGUCUGGCCUGGCAGCCCCUCUGAACUGUGACCUCCUGGACUGGCUGAAGGAGCACCCUGACUGGGAGGUGGACUAUCCUCCACCCCCCUCCCCACAGGAAGAUGGAGUUAUGCCUCAGCCGGAUAUGGAGGGGAUGCCUAAGAUGAAGAAGAAGCGCCAUCGCUGCCCCAACCCCAACAAACUGGACCCAGAUAACCUGUCAGGAGAGGAGAGGGUCAUGGUCGUCAACAGGAAGACAGGAAAAAAGAUUGGUGGUCUUGCUGCCCCACAGUUGAUGGAUCUCGAUGAGUGGCUGAACAAAAAUCCAGGUUUUGACAUUGCGGCAGACUGGGAACACAUUGCAAAGAAAUACCUCCCGGUUGACCAGCACCACAGGAUCCAGAAGAACUCAGGGAAAACUGACACUGCAGUCACCGCCCCGUUCCCCCAGCAGCCGUUCGGAGGCCUGAUGGCAGCCACCAGGGACAUGCAGCUGCCAGCGGGCAUGGCCGGCCUGGCGGGGCUGUCCGCCAUGACGCCUUUCCCAGGGCUCCCAGGGAUGGCCAUGCCACCCAUGUUCGGCUUCGGCGGCCUGGGGCUGCCUCUUCCAACAUCUUCUACCUCAACUACCUCACCUAAAACCGAUUCAUCGCCACAGGAGAAGGCUAGUCCCAGUUCCACAGCAGCGGCCACUGGAACGUCUGCAACAUCGACUGCCACCUCCCUCCCCACCCCACUGGUCAUGCCGGGACAGCAGGGCCUGUUCUGGCCGAACCCCUUCAUGAUGAACCCAGCCUUCCUGCCGGGAUUCUUGCACACAGGCUUGGCUAACGGGAUUGCAGCGCCAAAUGCAGAGGAGCGCGAUUCCUUGGGAAGCCUGUCCCCACAGAGCGUGAAGUCUGAGGGCACGCACUCCGCGCCGUCAGAACCAGUGUCUCCAAGCUCAGCAUCGCCUAGCAAGGCAAACGUAACCGAAAGGACUAACGGGGACAAUGGGAAUAGCAAUAACAACAAUAGUAAUGUCAUCAGUGAAGACACUCUGAGUCCUCAGGAGGAAGAAGAGCUGAAUAGUGCCGAGGCUUCCACAUGACACGCUGGCUGGUUCAAACCGUCUACAACGUUGCAAUGCAGUAGCAAGUAGAUUGCCACUCAUGGAGUUUUGUAAAGAGUUAAGGAAGCUCAGUAAGAAAAAGAGUCUUUCAAGUACUUGCAGCAUUUUGAGAGGAAGUUAUUUUGUAGCGGUGAAAUGGAUGAAUGAACUUUACAGAAGGAUUCUGUAAUUCCUGGCCUUUCAAACAGCUGAUGUUGCUCUAAAGAUAGUACUACACUUAACACAAGUGAGAUAUUUCCACGCAUGUAUACAGUCACAGUGAAUCUCUCUUUAAAGUAAAGGAUAUAUUGAUACAGAUUAUCCGAGCCAUGUACAGAUCUUAUUGUGGAACCCAGGCUUAGAUAACAGUCACAAGAUACCAUUACACAAGUCAUCUUUGUACAUAGACAAUCUGUGGGCCAGAUGUGGUUGAAACUUUGGGAGGCCUUACAUGACGUUGUGCCCAUCUGAGCCCCUUCCAUACAGUGCUACACUUGCCUUCUGUCAUUGAACCCUUGCCAGUGAGGGACCCAGCAAUGUUUUGCCACCCUUUUGUAGUCAAGCUCUUUAGAAGCAGAACAUUUCUACACCCACCACCAGAGGUGCAACAUGUCCCGUGUACAUAAUGGGGUGAUUUUACUCAUAUCUGUGGAAACCGUGUACAUAUGUUGCCAGGACUUCAUCAUCACCUUUUGUUGAUCCAGAAUCACUCAGAACCAUUUUGAAGACCCAAAGCGCCAGUAACUAUUGUGUCUUGGAGAAGAGCUCUUUGGGAAAGUUUGAAAUAUUUUUCAGGGAAAUUGUAGUAGAUGCAGCAGAAGAAGAUAAAUAAGAAGUAGUAGAAAAAAGAAUGGUGUGUAUUUUCACAGCCUCUGGGAUGCAAAUGAAUGCAACUGUACCUGUGUUUUUUGUCUGUAAAUAAUUGUAGCAGCUGCAUGCACCCUAUGUGUUGUAGAAGAAGGGAUGAGAGGUAUGGUGAUGCGAUCAUUUACAUGUCUGUCAGUGGACUGCAUUGAGUUUGAACAAGAAGGUAUUUGCCUUUGGUUUGUCUCUGCAUCUGUCAGGCUGUAUGAAGGAGCAAUCUUGAAUAACUUCAGACAUACAAAGUAAAAGAUGGUCUGAGAUGCUUAAGACAAAGCCCAGAUGUUUUUCAUUGACAGAUAUGCUGGGAAGGGGUAGGAGAGAGUACCAUUUGAACCUACUUUAAAAACAUGUACCAUCUUGAGAAAGUACCAACUAAGACAUGUUCAAUAUUAUGAUUGAGGCAUCAAUGUGUGUCUCCCGUUUAAACUGUUGCAAGUGCUGGUCAUAUUUUGAAUUACUAAUUAUCCACUGCCAAACUGUAAUGCUGCAAUUAGGUAGUUAAUGUUUAUUCAGUUACUUUAUUUCUGUCUUGUGAAACGGACUGUUCAAAUUGGACUCUCUCCCUCCCCACUUCAGUAAUAAGGGAUAGGGACUGUCCUGUUUGGUGCCACUUUGACUUGGCGGCAUAAAGUGGUACCCAGACAAGGCAGAGCAUGUGACCAGGUGUAUAAAUGUUUCCAUUGAGGAGACAUGGGGAUAGUAAAUUAUGAUCAAGGCAUGGUGUAUGUAGUGGGAAUGUACAUGUAGAUCAGGUAGGAAAUAGAAUGUGCAUGUGAUUUGAACAUUUUUUGGUGCACCACUCCAGCCAUAUCAAUUUUUGUAUUUAUUUGUUUACCCAUGGAAUUUAAAUUAUUGGUGUGUCAGAUGGAUUGAAAUUUUUUUUCCAUUUUUCUUUCGCGCAGCCACUGAUGUCUGCCGUACAUGUUUAAGUGACCUCAGAACAGGAAUUUUUGAGAAUGUUGAUUUUCUGAAUGAUCUAAGUCUAGACUCCACAAAUCAUGCAGCUAUUUAAUUGUCGGAUCGAUCCUGUGUAUUUAUUAAUUCUUUAUACAGACCUGAAGGAAAAAUGGAGUUCUAUAAUUAUUUUUAUUAAACCAUUGCUUUGGUUGAAACUU